UGUUGUCAGUAUGGCGACUAGAGGCCGGGAAGGUUUUAAUGAUGGUGUGAAUGAUAAACCCUGCCGUGCUUGCACUGAUUUUAAGACAUGGGCUAAAAUGCAGAAAAAGACACUGGACUCUGAGAACGUGCGCGACAAAAACCCAUCACCGCCUCAGCAGCAAAGGACAGACUGUCCCCUGGACAGAGAUGAGUUAGGACGACAGACAUGGGGCUUCUUACACACCAUGGCUGCUUACUAUCCAGAUACACCAUCACAGAAGGAGAGGACUGAUAUGGCACAGUUCUUCACAUUAUUCUCCAAAUUUUAUCCUUGUGAUCAUUGUGCAGAAGAUUUGCGCCAACAACUUACUGUCAGCCCUCCUGAAACCAAGUCAAGAAAAGACCUUUCUCAGUGGUUGUGCAGAAUUCAUAAUAAUAUAAAUGUCAAACUAGGUAAGGAAAAGUUUGACUGUUCAUUAGUUGAUGAGCGUUGGAAGGAUGGUUGGAAAGAUGGAUCUUGUGAUUAGUCACAUUUUGUUCUCUGCAGAGAAAUCAUUUCUGUGAUACUUCAUUCCUGGAGGAAAAAGUGAUUUUCUGUUAUUUUAGGAGAGCUAUGUGAAAUGAAAUUUAAAUAGUGCUACUGUAGUAUUAUGUAUGUAUGUCUGUAUGUAUUAUUUAUAAUUGUGUAUUCACAUAAAAUGUAGAAACUCAGGACCAAUAAUUCAAGAUAUUGAAAAGAUUUUGAAGCUUAACUGAGACUGUGUGCUUGAGUUGAAAUAAAUUUAUUUACUUUUGUGA